AUGAAGACAUAUAAACUAAAUGUCCACAAAAAAGACUUCUUCAAAGGUAUGUCAUGUCAUGUGAUUUGCAAUGAAUUGACGAGAAGUGGUAUUUCAGAGGAUCUGGUGAUCAAUCAGAAGGAUUUCCCGCACCUGAAGGUCGGAGACAUUAUAGAGAUCUACUCUCCGGACGACCAGUUCAGUCGUCUCUUAAUGAGAGUGAAUCCCAAAGCCUUCGACGACUACCCGAGAGAUGGCAAAGAGAAUCAGAAGAUCAGUAUUGAACAGACAAUUGUGUCGACCUUUCAGUUGAGAAUAUAUUGUGAUGUAAUCGUGAAUCAAGUGGAGAAGAAGGACGUGGUCUUGGAUUCGGUGGAACUUUUCUUCAAAGACCAAUACAUCGCCAGAAGCGAUAUGUGGAGACUCAAGAGGUUUAUGACAAAGACAUGCGUUUAUAUGAACCAAAAGAUCGAGUUCUGUAACAUUCGGUGUCAAGUGUUUGAGAUGUGGUCACAGGGAGAGAGAGUGGCCUCCGGUUAUGUCAACAAUCAGACCAAAGUUGUCUAUCGGUCCGCCUCUUCCAUGGUUUACCUCUUCCUUCAGAUGAGUUCCGAGAUGUGGGACUACGAUAUCAACGGAGAUCUCUAUUUCGAGAAAGCCGUCAAUGGAUUCCUCGCUGAUCUGUUCGACAAAUGGAAACGCUUCAAUUGCAGUCAUGACGUGACAAUUGUCAUGUUUUCGCGCACUUAUUUCGACGCCUUCUCUAUCGAAGACUUUCCCGAAUCGAUGCGCGAAUGCCUUCAACAGGACUCUAAGGGCCGCUUCUAUGAGGACUACUAUAGGGUUGCCCUACAAAACGAAAGGGUCGACGACUGGAGUCCAACACUCAUUUUUCUGCGAUACCUUUUUAACCAAUACGAGAGCGAAGCCAUCAAAUAUCACCUCAGAAACGAGAAACAGGGCCUCAAAGUGCCCAAAGCGUACAAUUCUUCCUCAUCUCAGGGAAAUUUUCUCGAAGUUUUAAAUAUGUCUUUAAAUGUGUUUGAAAGACAUCAUUUGGACCGUAGUUUUGACAGAACGGGUCAAUUAUCAGUUGUCAUAUCUCCCGGAGUGGGUGUUUAUGAAGUGGACUUGGAUUUGACUAAUAUUACGAAACAACGAAUUAUUGACAACGGAAUCGGUAGUGAUUUGGUUUGUUUAGGAGAACAGCCCUUACAUGCCGUCCCUUUAUUUAAGUUUAACGCGAAAUCCAAUUUCCCGACGUAUGUUAACAUAAGUGAUGUCCAGUACAAUAUGCCUCAUUGGAUCAAUUUAAGUUUCUAUUCGUCUUCAAAACCCAUCAGUUAUUCAAAUUUUGUUCCGAGAAUUAAAUUACCGAAUGUUGUGCUAAUGAAUAACCAAUCGAUUAAGUCAUCGAAAACCCAAUUAUAUCGCUCUCCCAGUCGUGAAUCGCCCUCUCAUUUAAAGUCGUAUCGAAACAUACCUUUCGUUGAUUACGACGAAUACGAUUCUCAGGUCUUUAAGAUAGCGUCGUCUCCGCCAAACACUGCGCCCCACAAGUUAAGCACCACAUGUCAGCCUUCUGUGCGACGAAACACUGUAUUGACAGCACAAUCGUCACGACCCCAGAGACCUGUUCGUCGCUCGUCAGGCGAACACAUCAAUACUCCUCCCAAUUCUCCCGCAAAGUCCGAGUCUAUGGGAAUUCCAUCAGCUGUUGAUUUUAGACAUUUGAGUGCAAUUCAGGGAAAUUUAGCUCAAAUGUCCACUUCUGUAGAAAACAAAACGUUCAGAGAUUUCAAAAGCAAACCGGAAUCGAAAGAUGAUUUGAUGGUUAGAGGCUAUAGCACUAACUCAGGCAAAGAUAUCUUAAAGUCGAAGGCACUGAUCAAUCCAUUUGAUCCCUCGCACGUCACCAUUAAACUCAACUCCAAUAGAAGACGUUGGACUCAUGUGUUUCCUUUGGGUCCGACGGGUAUUUUCAUGCAACAGCAUCACUACCAGGCUGUACCCCAGAACCAGGCGUGCACUCUAUUACCAUCGGCCGUGUGUACUGACCCAUCCCUUGGUGUGAGCGACUCGAGAGAUGUGAUCGAUUCUCAAAAGUACCGUAAGAUAUCAAUGGCUCAAAUGAAGUCUUUUGAAUAUCCGAGGAAUGCCAACGAAAUGAAGAGCAAUAAGAACCAGAAUAUAACCAAUAUUUCCAAUUUGAGUGAAAGUCAUCGAUCGUCGAGUAAAAUAAACCAAACUCGAAGCACUUCCAUGAGUCAAAACAUGUCGUCAGUUCACUCGGAUAAAAGUCUGUUGUGGGCGUGGGGGGCGACCGGCGAGCAGGAGUGGACCCCUGCCAUCACCACUGGUGUCGACUGGAAGUCAUUAGUAAUGCCCGCCUGUUUGCCCGUCACUACAGACUUUUUGCCCGACAAACGGACUCUACAACAGGAUUACGUCACUUAUAGUUAUAAUUUGUUGCCCGAAGAGCAGAGUUCUGAUCGACUCCAACAG